GAGAGUGAAAGAAGAGGUUGCUAUGAACAGUAUUCAGUCACUCUGAGGAUUUAGUACCUGUUCUUUCAUAAUUGUGCUGGAGGGGAGAUGUGGGUUCCACUGUCUGAGUUAGACCUAAUAAGAAAACAUUUGUUCCACUGAUGAAGCUCUCAUUUCAAAAGUGACAGAUGGAUCCUGAAAAGAUCCCAGUGGAGGGGGCCUCUCCUCCGGGGAUCAGACCGGAGCAGGUGCAGGAUGACCUGGUACAGCAGCUCCGGGAUUGUCAGGCCAAACUCCAGUCAGCCACAGAUGAGCUGCAGAGCCUCCGGAUGCAGCAGGCCAGCGAGAUGGAGGAGGUUGAGAGUUAUGUGGCUCAUAUCCGUGGCUUGCUGGAGGAGAGAGAAAGCCUCACUGCAGACUAUGAGAGGGACAAUGAACAGUUGCGUCUGGAACUACACCACAUUCGACAGCAGCAAGAGGUGGAGAGUAAGGAGCUGGCAGAGAUGCUGGCUCAAAAAGACCUUGGGGAGAUCGGGUUGAGCACUCCCAGUGAGCUGGUGGCAUAUCUGCUUGUGGAGAGGGCCACACUGCUGGAGAGACUAGAGGAGACUGAGAGGAGGCUGGAGGGACAUAGUGUGGGCAACGAAUACAGGGAAAUGCAUUUACAGGAGAUGGAGCACUUGAGGCAGUCCGUGGGCGAAGGGCUGUGGAUGCAGAAGGAGGAAAUGCAGAAGACAAUGGAGAACAUGGCCAAGCAGUGCCCAACCCAAAGCCCGUGGAAGAAGCUGUUUGGUCUGCGCAGAUCUGGUCAGAGCAAAUACAAUCUCACUCCUGCUCGUAUUGAGGAGAUUACCCAGGAGCGUAUUGAGCGGCAGAAGCUCGAGAGGGACCUGGAGGAGGCGUCUCAGAGGUUGGCUAUGGCGCAUCAGGACAUCAGAAGACUCACCAAUGAACUGGACACAGCCAAAAACAACAACCCAGAGUCCAGUGGGUGUGAGCUUGAGGGGGCAGUCCAAGAAGUAGAACAUCUGAAAAAGGAAGUGGACAAACUCAAAAGCAAUGAUAUGAUGAAGCUGCAGAAAGCCAAAGAUCAAAACGACAAACUGGAUUCUGAGAACCAAGCUCUUAGAGACAGAGUCCACGCUUUAGAGGCUGAGAAGAGAAACCUAAUGGAAAAGAUUUCAAUGAACAGCAACCCAGAUGUUUCUUCCAAAGAAGAAGAGCAGGGCUUUGAUGAACAAAUAGUGAAUAAAUCUGCCUUAUUCACCAGCGAUAGUGAUCCUAUUCACAAACGGUGUCACGCAGCAAUGGAGGACGGUCUGGUUCAGCUAAAGGAUCUCCAAAGGCAGCUACAGAGACAGAGGAAGGAGAAGGAGGAGUUGGAGGAGAGGAACGAGGAACUGGAGGCCUUACUGGGGGAGACUCAGAACAGCAGCCGUGAGGAGAGGCACCGGCACGAGGGGGAGGUGGAGGGGUUGCACAGGAGGAUUAAAAGUCUUGAAGUUGAACUAAGGAAGCAUGAGGCACAAGAGCAUCCUCUGAAGAAUGGAGAAGAGGUCAAGACAGAGUCCUACUUACAGCUGCAUCUCAGAGACAGCAGUCAGGAGAGACUGGCUAUGCUGGAGGCUCGUCUGACGGAGGAGAAGGACUGGAGGAAACAGCUGGAGGUGGAUCUCAACGCAGCCCAGACUGCUCUCAAGAAGGACAAAGAGGCUCUCCAAGCUGCUGAACGAGAGCUGAAGAAGCUGAAGAUGGAGGUAAACAGUCUGCAGACCGAGUGCCAACAAGGGAAGACGCUGAUCAAGAGCCUCACCCAAGUCAAAGGAGAGAAGGCUAUUCUGGAGGAAAAGAUGGCCCAGUUGGAGCGUGCCCAUAGCCGCCUGCAGACUGAGCUGGAGCAAGUGAAGGAAUGUGAGAAGACUAAAGAGGCCCAGAGAGAAACCAGCAUUCAGAUGGAGCACUUACAGCAACAAGCCAAUCGACUGAGAGGGGAAGUGGACAGUCUGCAGUCUGCUUACAACAAACUCAGGGAUGAGAUGGCCUUGGAACGGCAGCAGACCUCCGAGCUCCAGGACAAACUGAGCAUCAGUGUCCAGGAGAAGAUCAGCUCUGAGGGGGAGAAGGAGAGGCUUCAGCUAGAGGUGCAGCAUCUGAACGAACAGCUCAAGUUACACAAGGAACAACUAGAGUCCUGCAAAGAAGCACUGACCAGUCCAAGUCAGAGGGUCCUGCCAGAGGAGAGCGUCAGUCCAGUGAGAAGCACUAGAGAGGAGAGCUCUGACCAGAUUUUUCAUCUGAAGCUGGAGCUGAGUCAAGUCCAGGCCAAAUUGGACCGAGAGCGAGAACUGUCCUCUCAACACCAGCUGGCUCUGCAGGCCCAGCUCGGCGAAGCACAAGCUCAUGUUAAGUCCCAGGAUUCUGUGUUGAACCAAAGGGCAGAGGAGGCCCGGCAGAUGAAGCAGGACUUACAGAGAGCCCAGAGUCUUUUCACUUCAGCCGAACGAGAGCUGAGAUACGAGAAGGAGAAGAACAUGGACAUCAAGAAACACAACACACUGUUGGAGCAGGAGAAACUCAAGCUAUGUGCAGAGUUGAAGCAGCUCCAGACCAAGUUGAUCCACACGGAGCAGAGUGUCCAAUCCCAGGUUUCUGAGUACAGCCGACAGCAGAACAAGAUCAGAGAGUUAGAGCUGGAACUGGCACGCUCCACCUCCAACCGCAGCGCCACCACCAGCCUACAGGAGGAACUCCAGGCCGAGAGAGUGCGCCUCAUCACUGCUGAUAAGAAGGUGGUGGAGUUGCAGCAGCAGCUGAAAGCAGCUCAGCACAUGUUGCGUUUGGAGGAGGCUCGGGCUGGUGAGAACAGCCGUUUGGAGAGAGACAGCAGAGAUUUGAGUGACGCUCUGUCCGCUCUGAGAGCGCAACAGCACGAGGAGCACAUCACCAGGAAGCUGCUGGAACAGAGGGAGGAGGAGCUGCAGCAGCAGGUGAAGGCGCUCAGACUCAAAGAGGCAUCUCUCAACAGAACCAACUCUGAGCUGGGCCUGAGAAGCCAACAGCUGGACACUCGCCUGGUCCUUUUAGAGAGCGAGCUGAGCAAGGCCCGGGAGGAGGAGAAAAAAUACCAGAAAUCAACUCUCAAGCUGCAAGACGAGCUGGCAUCUAGUCACUCAGAAUGUGAGCGACUACAGUCAGAACUGCAGCAGGUCCUCCUCCAGCUGGACUCAUACGUCAGGAAGUACAAUGAAAAGCAGAGCCAGCACAAAACCAAACUGCGCCAGGCCAAACAGGUGUAUCUGAAAGCCACAGCUCAAAGAGACCGACUCAUUCAGAAAUUGGAGAACGACCUGCUGCUUGCCUCCAGCCUCUGCCACAAGGAGAAGGAGCGCACGGACACAGUGAUGCAAGAGAAUGAGAAGCUUCUAGAGGAGAGACGAGAGCUGCUACAGAGGAUCAAUGAGGCAGAGGACAUGGGCAGCAAAGGCAUGAGGAUCGCCUCAACCAUAGAGCACAAAGUAAAUGUGUUGGAGGCUGAGAAUCGGCAGCUGCAGGAGCGGUCUCUCAAACUGUCCAAUCAGGUGUGUUCUUUGGAACGCGCCCUAAGGAAUGUACACUCCCUCUACAGUCUAGAGAAAAAACAGCCUCAAGAUGGUCUUAAUGAGCUGCACACAUCAUCUGUCAGUUUUUCCUCUGCCCCGCGUGAGAAGCUGGAUAUCUUGGAUGCUCUUUGUCGUGUUAAAGUGGACGGGACGCGCCUCUCCUCCCACAGCUUCAUGGAGCAGAGUUACCUGAACCUCACCUCGCCCAUGGCUCCUCCCCCUGAUGCCAAAGACCCAGAAGACGGACCGCCAAACCAGGACAAGACGUGAGCUCAACAAGGUUUCAAUCCCAACUGAUGCAGGGACCUAAACAAACUGUAGCAUCCACCAUCAAGACAGAAGAAAUCAUGGGGGAAAAAUGCGUAAAAAGCAAUCGUGGAGGCUUUCAAUGCGUCUCGACUCAGGUAUCGCCCACUGAAUAAACAUGAUUUUGUAAGGCACUUUGACUGUCACUUGUUGCCUCGAUGGUAAAUGGAAAUAAUGUAAAGCAUCGCCAGUCAAAAUGUAUUAGUUUACGCUAGCAGUUAGGGACUUUUGGUACAAUGAAUUUUGGUAAAACUAUUUGUAAAAAGAGUGUAAAUAUUGCGAUGUUUGACACGAGCACUUUAUACUUUUUUAUAGUACUACUAUUAUUUGUUUACAUUUGGAGAUGUAGCAAAAAUAAUAAUUGUCUUAGAAACAGCUGAAGUAUUGGGUUUUGUGUCAAAUCUGUUUUAGUGCAAAGAUUCAAGAAUAUAUGGAGAUGCACUAUUCACUGAUCAGCCAACUGACAUCACAGUAAUAACAACUGUAUUACUAACACUACUAUGUGAUACCUACCUCCCUCUUUUUCUCACUGUCCACGUGUUUGUUUAUUUAAUUAAAAUCCUUUAUUAGGUCUAGUAACCAACAACCUUUUACUUUUUUAUUAUUUUUUUUAAAUCAAAUCGUAAACAAUCAGUACAAAAUUCUAACGUUCUGUUGGUGUUCUGGUAGUAUAAGUAUAUGUGCCACAGUUAAAAUAGAUGAAAUAUCAAAGUUUUAAUCUUGACGACAAUUUCUAAAACUGCUUUAUAAUAAAAAAUAACCAAACCACACAGUUGUAGUAAAUUAUUAUAUGUAGUGACUAAGAACUACUGAAGUCAUAUUCUGCAUUAUGGUGUUUGUUUUUGUCAAAGGCUGUUCAGUGUGUAGUUCCAUGGUACUAUACAGUGGUUUUUAUCAGCGGUAGUCUUCUGAGUGUAUCUUUUUUUUCCUUUUUUUUACAAAUUUGCAAUGAUACAUUUUCUUGAGGCAAAAGCACUUGUACUUUAAAUGCUCAGAUUAUCAACACAUUUCUUCAAAAGUGUUUUAUACCACUAUUUGUUUUGUAUUAAGAGUUGGUAUAAUGAUACGUACAAUGUGCCUGAAAUAAUUUACCGUACUUCUCGUUGCUGUGUCUUAAGACAGAAGCCUAAAUGCGAC